CAGCAUUUCAAAGAAUCUUUCCCUUUUUCUUACAACUUCUCUGAAUGAGGAAUUCUAUAUCCCUUCUACAUUCCUACUCUUUAGAUAUUUUACUGUUAAUCAAAUCAUUUCAAAAGUGAAAGCUCUUUGUUUCUACGUUAUCAAUUUUUGAUUAAGCUUUCACACACCCACAAACGAGCCCUUCUCCGUGAUCUACAUUUGCUGCAUAUUGUGACGCAAGUCUCCAAAUCUCGUCUUUAAAUCUAGACCUUUGCGCCAUUCCUGCGCCAUUCCUGCGCCAUAUCACAUACAAUGCCUUCCGCAGCAGCCAUCGAUCAUAAACGCUUCGAUACGAUACCUGAUACCAUCGCUGCUUUCCGAAAUGGAGAAUUCAUAGUAGUUUUAGAUGACCCAGGUCGCGAGAACGAAGCCGAUCUCAUCAUAGCCGCCGAGCAUGUAACCACUGAGCAGAUGGCUUUCUUAGUUCGAUACUCGUCUGGUUAUGUAUGCGCCCCGAUUACGCCCGCCCUUACCGAAUUCCUCAACCUACCUCAGAUGGUUCAGCACAGCGAAGACGUCCGUGGAACGGCGUACACGAUCUCUAUAGACGCAGCUGAUCCCUCUGUAACCACGGGUAUUAGCGCUCAUGACCGUGCCCUGACCGCGCGGCUUCUUGCCGACCCUAAAUCAACACCAGCUAGUUUCCGACGCCCCGGCCACGUGCUUCCGUUACGCGCCCGACCGGGAGGUGUUAGGGCUCGGAGAGGUCACACCGAGGCCGGUGUUGACUUUUGCAGAUUGGCCGGCAAACCCGAAGUAGCCAUAAUUUGUGAGCUAGUCGAAGACGGAAACGAGGUCAGCGGAAGCGCCGUGCUGGAAAACCCCGGCAUGAUGAGGGGCGAGGGGUGCAUCGAUUUCGCGCGGAAAUGGGGCCUGAAAGUCUGCACGAUUGAAGAUCUGGUUACUUAUUUGGAAAAGACUGAAGGUAAGAUCGAUUCAAAUGGGAGCGCGUAAUGUCCCGCGAGUUAUUUUUGCAUAUUAUCGGUUGUACGACAUUCUCAGGCUCAGCACUGCCAAGGGCGUAGAAAAAACAAAAGCGAGGGAGAAACAGGGCGGCAAUGCCAGUCUAAGGCCUAAAAACGAAUCCAUAUUUGCGCUUGUAUAGAGAAAAAGGUCCGUCAUCACGGAGUUGCAUCCCCUCACCCACGGAUAUAUCUGAAUAUACCUGUAUAUCAUAUUGUACUAUAUACUACCGACGGCAAGCAUCUGACAUCGAAGAUAAGAUACUCCUUUACAAUGUAUUUGCCAUCUAGUCCCACA